GACAUUUUAUCGAAACAGAAACUCAGAUUACGGUGAGAAACAAUCAAAUUUGAGAUUUUUUUGAAAUUGUCCCGCGUGUUACGUUAUCAUUAUACAAACAUUUGUAAACCCAUCCGACAUUUCAGGCGCAUUAUCUGAAUGACAGUUCCUCUGAAUUUAUGUCAAAACAAAAACACACGAGCCAAGAGCACACGUUUUGUCGAUUCUAUUCUGAAUUUCAUCGAAUUACCUAAAUCGACAUCGACAGUGUAUGUACUCUAAAUUUGAAAUCGCCUCAAAUUCUUCACCGAUUUUUCCGCGAUGUAUUCGACAGUGGUUAGAUCGAGUGCCAGUAAAUUCCACUUCCUCCAAACGCUUCGCACAAUCCACACCAAGGAACCAAAUCGUCGAGUUGCGGUGACUGGACUGGGUGUUAUUUCACCGGUCGGAUGUCAAGCUGAAACAGCAUGGACGAAUAUUGUGAAUGGCAAAUGUGGAAUUGGUCGUUUGGACGACAGUAGCUACGCAAAACUUCCAUGUCGCAUUGCUGGUCAAAUCCAAAGAUCCGAACUCCGAAUCGACGGUGCAUUCACCAAAAGCGAAUUGAAAACCAUGGCACCGGCAACGACAUUAGCUCUGCUAGCGGCCGACGAGGCUAUCAAAUCAUCUAAAAUCGACACAACCGAUCGGGAAUUGCAACUACGAACUGGUGUGGCCAUUGGCAUGGGUAUGAUAGAUCUGGUCGAUGUGUGCGAAACGAAUCGUGCGUUGGAGACUGGCUACAAUCGUGUCAGUCCGUUCUUUGUACCGAGAAUUCUACCAAACAUGGCAGCUGGUCAAGUUAGCAUCAAGUAUGGUCUACAAGGUCCAAAUCAUGCCGUUUCGACAGCUUGUGCGACUGGUGUCCACGCUAUCGGCGAUUCGUUCCGAUUUAUUAAGUACGGUGAUGCGGACGUAAUGGUUUGCGGUGCAGCAGAGUCAUGUAUAAGUCCAUUGGCCAUUGCAGGAUUUUGUAGACUGAGAGCACUAAGUACAUCGUCGAAUGAUAAGCCGGACAAAGCGUCGAGACCUUUCGAUCGAAAUCGCGAUGGAUUUGUUAUGGGCGAGGGAGCUGCAAUUCUGAUUCUGGAAGAACUGGAACAUGCUAAGCGAAGAAACGCUCCAAUUUAUGCCGAAAUACUCGGCUAUGGAUUGUCAGGUGAUGCGUCUCAUUUAACGGCUCCCCAAGAAGAUGGAGCUGGUGCAUUUUUGGCGAUGCAAAGAGCCGUUACGGAUGCAGGAAUAAACUCCACAGAUGUGCAAUACAUAAAUGCUCAUGCAACAUCAACGCCAAUUGGUGAUGCCAUAGAAACGAGAGCCAUUAAAAGACUGUUCGGAGAACAUGCUAAGCGUUUGGCGGUGAGCAGUACGAAAGGAGCCCAUGGACAUUUGCUCGGCUCGGCUGGUAAUUUAGAAGCAGCGUUCACUGUGCUUGCCUGCAGAGACGGUACCAUUCCGCCGACAAUCAAUUUGGAGAAUGUCACAGACGAUAUGGACUUGAAUUUUGUGCCGAACGAGAGUCAAUUGUGGACGCGGAACGGUCGUCGCAUUUCUCUGAAAAAUUCAUUCGGUUUUGGUGGCACGAACGCUUCCAUUUGCAUAGCUGAAUUUAUUGAUUCUUAGGAUUAGAACACGUUGUCCCAACUGUCAUAGCUUAGCGAAAUACAUUUUGUUAUAUUUUAGAAUGCGACUGAUGUUGUUGCCUCGGUUGUUGCUGCUUCCACUUCAAUUUUCUUAUUCUUCUGUCUAAGUCCACGUUUCCAUUUUCUUUUUGUUUUCAGUUUUCCAAUCCUCAUGGGUAAGGUCAAGAACGAGGGGCGACUGUUCUACAAGAAAACGCCAAAGUCGAACGAUGCGGUUGCAUUUCCCUCCACUGAAGCUGUUAAAGCAUUCAAAUUCAAACCGGUCGAAAAUGUGCCAUCAACUCCAUCAGCCAGUUUACCGUCACAUCAACCACCGCAACAGUCCAACACUAAGAAAUUGAAAUUACAGCAGCGCAAGGAAGAUUUUAUCAAGAAAAUUACGGUCAAGCAAACGAUAGCAAAAAAGCGAAAGCAACAGAAAAGCAAAAUCAAGAAGCAGAAGCAACAGGUGGCUAGAGUGGCUGCAACAGCAAUGCCCAAUUUAACAUCGCUGAAGAACGCUCUACCGACGUUGAACGACAAUCUGCCGUCGUUGAAUUCAUUGUUUAUGUUGAAAACUUGUGCCGAACUGAAAACCGGUGUGCCGAAAUUUGAUAAGAAGCUGGUCGUUGCAGAGGAAGACGCCACGCCGAAAAAACUGACGAAGGCAAUGAAAACGAGACAUAAGAAAAAGGUGUUUAUGAAGCGGUACGACUACUUGCAGAAGCUGAUGCAAGAUGCGGCAUUUAAAAAGAAUCCACGGAAGGUGAUUGCAGAGCAUGUACGGAACCGGCGAGUCAUUGAAGAGAAAUUUGAGAAUAAAAAACCGAAGAAAACUUAAAAGAAA